AUGUUUGCUGGACUCAGGCUGCUUCGUCCAACUAAUUUGUUGGCAAGCUUCUCGUCUGCGUCGAGAUGGCUCAACACCUCGCAGUCGCUCUCGGCAGUCGCCCGAACCUCGGUGGAUCCGGCUUUAAAGGCUAAAGCCCUCACCAACAAGAAGAAUGAGAAGGUGGUGAUGUGGAAGAUCUACGCCACUUUCCACAGACACAACACAUUAUGUUCUCUUGUGGCGGUGGUGGAAGAUUUAGACUUUAUGAAGAAAAAUGACCACUUGACAUACAACGAAAAGGUGUUGUACUACAUGCAAUUGCCCCACCAGGUGAAGCUCCAUGUAAGUGCUGGUAUGUUGGGGUUCAGAAAGGCCCACAGAGCAGAGUAUGAGGCUGGAUACCAGGUGAGCUCCAGAUUGUUCAAGAUGAUUGAGGAGAAAAAGUUGUUCGGGCCCAACGAUAAGGUGGAGUUGGUGUUGAGAGACUUUGGCAAGGGUAGAGAGGCAUUCACUUCGGCAUUACAGGGAAAGGAGGGUGCCAGCAUCCGGCCACAUAUUGUUAGAGUGACGGACAACACCAGAUUGAAGUUCGGUGGUUCGAGAUCGAAGAAGUUGCGUCGUUUGUAG